GAAGUCACCACAUUGCGGAAGAGACGUGGCAAAAAUGCUUCCCGAAAGCCUGCAUCGCAAACAUGGAGUGGAAUAAGUAGACGAGGACAUUUUCCAUAAUUCGGAGUUUUGGAGUAAAGGUGUUGAGCUCUAGUGAUUCUUCACAUCCCCGUUAAGCAGGCAGACCAUGGGUCUGUGCAAGUGUCCGAAGCGGAAGGUUACGAACCUGUUCUGUUUUGAGCAUCGAGUCAACGUUUGUGAGCAUUGCCUGGUGUCCAAUCACAGUAAGUGUAUAGUACAGUCCUACCUGCAAUGGCUCCAGGACAGUGAUUACAAUCCCAACUGCACUCUGUGUAAUCAGCCUCUAAAUUCCCAGGAUACUGUGAGGUUGGUGUGCUAUGAUGUAUUCCAUUGGUCUUGUCUGAAUGACUUGGCUUCACGGCUGCCCCUGUAUACGGCACCAGCGGGUUAUCAGUGCCCAACUUGUCAGGGACCUGUCUUCCCUCCCACAAAUUUGGCCAGUCCUGUGGCUGACGUUUUGAGAUCACAGCUCUCCUCGGUCAACUGGGCCAGAGCAGGACUGGGCCUUCCACUGGUUGAAGACAAACAUGAAAUUGAGGAGAACACAUCACACGAUGUCACUGACUAUACAGAUUGGACUUUUGAUGCCUCGGCUGCGGAAUCCGUGUCCACCUCAUACACUCCAGAGCCGACGAGCAGUCCGGUGCCUCCUCAUCAGGACAUGGGGUUGAGCCACAGCACACACAAUAAUGGAGGGCUGGGGGUCCAAGAGCACUCCGUAAUCAACAUGAUCUCAGCCACUGCGCCUGACACCAUCACUAUCAGCAAAGCCUCCUCACCAAGGAAAGUGUAUGACACACGAGAAUCAGGCCACACUUCAGUGACGCAAAUUGACUUUGAUGAUGAUAAAUACCGGCGGAGACCAGCCUUGAGCUGGUUUGCACAGAUCUUAAAGAACCGCCUGGGGACGAAGAGAAAAACCCUGACUCUGAAGCAGAGAGUCAUCAUGCUUUUGCUGAUAGGAAUGAUUGGCUUCUUCACGCUCAUUAUCAUUAUGGCUAAACUUGGCCGGGCUUCGGCCGAUGAAGACCCCAACCUGGACCCCAUGCUGAACCCUAACAUCAGGGUGGGCAAUAUGUGAGGAGCGAAAGGCCUAUCGCUUCCGGACCUGUGGUGCAUUUCACCACAAAAUCCAGCUCAAACAGAACAAAAUGGAAGCAGGAACAGACAUUCAGAGCGCUGGGACCAGCAAAUAGAUGCCUCCUAUGUGGCACUGCAAGAAUGGUGACCCAACACUUUUUCUGCCUGGGGGUUAAAGGAAGUUUCCCGCCAUAUCUUUCCUUAGACUGGCCGCCAGCAGAUGCAAAAGUGUUUAUACCAAUGUAUCUACUGAUGCUGUCUUCUAUGAGUCGACAUUGAAUGUGCACUUAAGAAGACAGAAGAGUGUGUAAAUGUUAGACCAUCUUUAGUUCUUGAUGCAUUCGUGUAUACUAAAACGCAGUAAUCGGGUGGGUGUUGGGGAGGUGACUUUUUUCUUAAAGCAUAUGCAUUAUGCUUCUAGGUGUUUUGCAAUUUAAUAUAUGACAUUCAUUACAGAGCCUGAUAUGUUGGUUGGCUGCCGAUAUUCGCUGAUGUUGACUAGCCUUGGUUAGCGAGCUGUAUCUGUGAAGAUAUCACAAAUCAUUUUCAACUUUUUCCGGUAGUGGCAUCAUCUGGAUCUGAGGGACUUGCCCUUCAACAGGACAGAACUUUAGAAAACGUGUGCCAUUGAGGACCUUAAUAUGAAUCACCCUUUCUUUAUGUAUUUGACAGACACAAACACCAUGAUGGUAAAUAAACAAGUGGAAUACAUUCAAACCUAACCUGGAACAUGAAGAAAACAAACAAAAAAAAACUCUUUCCAUGAAAAGAAAUAAGAAGCAAUUAACAGAAAACAAAAUGGCAAAGAAUUUGAGUUAGUUCCACCCCAGUGCUGCAAUUAUUAGAAUAUUUAAGACUGAGUUUCUGCUGUUUAUUUGAAUUUUAAAAACUUAACCAUUUAUUACUGACAAUACUAUCAGUCAGUAAAAUGCUAUUUAUUUAAAACUGUUGCACAUACAAUUUAAAGUCUAAAAUAUAAAUACAAAUUGAUAUCAGCUGAUGUCAGUUAUCCCAAGUUGUAGCCCCUUAACAUGGGUGUUGUACCAUAAUUGGUUCUUGUAUCUGUUUCCAAGUCUGCCUUUCGCAAGCUCCAAACAGAAUCUACAACCAGUGGAACGAAGAUGUGUUGUAGUACAAGUCUAUACCAAAUCUUUGGAAUGUAGAUGGGAAGAAUGAUACAGAGCCUUUAAAUGAUUAGAUCAUUUGGUUUAACACUUUUUCCUGUAUGUCUUUCUUGUAUGUUCCAAAUUAUACUUGGAUUAUCAGAUUAAAACUGAAUCCACAGAGCUGUGCUGGAAAUCGUAAUUCCCCAGAGAAUGUCCCGAGUGGCUUUUGCGCUUUAAGAUUUAUUUUUGUCUGUAUAUCAGAUUGAAAACUAUGAUAUUGAAAUCAUGUCUGGCUGUGUUAACACUACACUGUCGUUUGCACUUCCUCCCCUUCUAUGUUUCUGGCCCUGCUGUUCUUUACUUAAAAAUGGUUCUAAAUGUGUGAUGGGAGACACUGUACUGUAUGAACUUUACAAUAGACACAGGAGCUCCUGUAGGAGAGAUGCGUGAUAGUACAGUAUUAAACUCUGAGGAUUUCACUCUGUUCACAGCAAUCUUGCUAUUAAAUGAUGAACUUUAAAAAGUGAA